CGAGUUUUUAAAGUUUUCUUCUUAAUUAGAUAGAUUUCCCAAUCAGUUUCUACAGUCACUCCUUUCGCUCCCUAGAAUCUGUUCAGCGUUGCUAGUCAAUCAUUCACUCUUUUGGUUACUCUCACAAUCUUUUAGCUAUAUAUAAUGCUUUUUAAAUCUGUUUUCACUGCCGCUUUAGCCGGUGUCGCCAUCGCUGCUCCUCUUCAACAUCAACAUCAUGAACAUCAAGACAAGAGAGAUGUCAAGGUUGUUACUGAAAUCGUUCAAGUUACUGUUGGUGCCAACCCACCAGCUGCCACCGCUGUAGCUCAAGCCGAUGCCGUUGCUCCAGCUCCAGUGGUUUCUUCCCCAGCUACCGUUGCUACUCCAGCUACUACCGCUGCCACCCCAGCUACUCCAGCUACUAUUGCCACUGGUAGUUCCGCUCCAUCUACCCCAGUUGGUGCUUCUGGUGCUAAGGGUAUCACUUACUCCCCAUACUCUGACGAUGGUGGAUGUAAGUCUACUUCCCAAAUUACCAAGGAAAUUGGUGCUCUUGCCGACUUUGGUAUCAUUCGUUUGUACGGUGUUGACUGUAACCAAGUCUCUGCUGUCCUUGCUGCCAAGACUUCAAGCCAAAAGGUUUUCGCUGGUAUUUUUGAUGUUGCUAACAUUGAAUCCGGUAUUGAAACUUUAGCUUCUGCUGUUAAGGCUAACGGUGGAUGGUCCGAAAUUUCUACUGUUUCUAUCGGUAACGAAUUGGUUAACAACGGUCAAGCUAACCCAUCCCAAAUCGAAUCUUACGUUAAGGCCGGUAGAUCUGCUCUUUCUGCUGCUGGUUACACUGGUCCAGUUGUCUCCGUUGACACUUUUAUUGCUGUCAUUAACAACCCAUCUUUGUGUCAAUACUCUGACUACGUUGCCGUUAAUGCUCACGCUUUCUUCGAUGGUGGUUACGCCGCUGACCAAGCUGGUGAAUGGGUUUUGUCUCAAAUCCAACGUGUCUCUGAAGCUUGUGGUAACUCCAAGACUGUCGUUAUUACUGAAACUGGUUGGCCAUCCCAAGGUGACAGCAACAACAAGGCUGUCCCAUCUUUAGAAAACCAAUCCGCUGCUGUUUCUUCCAUCAAGGCUUCUUGUGGUGAUGAUGCUAUUUUGUUCAACGCUUACAAUGACGUCUGGAAGGCUCCAGGUGCUUUCAACGCCGAACAAUACUGGGGUAUCUUGAACUAGAUUUUAUGAUUUCCCAUAUAAGAUUUAUACCUUAAAAUUACAAUGUUUUUUACUUGAAAA